AUGUCCUCUUCCCUUCACCUCUCCCAAAUACGCAAAUGGUUCUCACACUCGCCGCCAAUAGAGUGGGCCAUCCAACAAUUGCGAGAGCUUCUCAUCGGAGCGCUACGGCAAGGCCCAGUACCGCAACAUGUGGCCUUUGUGAUGGACGGGAACAGGCGCUUCGCUCGGAACCACCAUAUCGAGACAGUAGAGGGUCACAAUCUGGGCUUUGAGGCCUUAGCAAGAAUACUCGAGGUGUGCUACAAAUCCGGAGUGAAGGUGGUCACCAUCUAUGCCUUCAGCAUCGAGAACUUCAAGCGAUCGAAGUACGAGGUCGAUGCCUUGAUGGAUAUGGCGAAGGUCAAGCUGUCGCAACUGGCUCAGCACGGAGACCUGCUGGAACGCUACGGCGCGAGCAUACGGAUUCUUGGGCAGAGAGACCUCGUAAAGCAGGACGUGCUUGAGGCCAUUGAUGAUGCCGUGGCACUAACCAGCAAGCACAAACGCGCUAUUCUGAACGUCUGCUUUCCAUACACGUCUCGAGAUGAAAUUACCACCGCCAUCCGCGACACGGUUGCCGAUUACAGCCGACCCAUGAAGCCGCCGCUCAAGCGCCCCUUCUCCGAGAGUCACAUUGUCCGCAACAUCCGCGCACAGAGCAUCAGCAUCGCCAACGGAGAACCAGACUCUCAGAAGUCAUCGCGAGAACCAUCUCCGGGCAACGCGCCAGACAGCACCAACGCGUCGGACUUCGGCACUGGUUCCACAACCCUUCACACCUCAUCAGCAUUCGAGCACGAACCCAAGAUCUCGGAUGCGCCCAGAGACCCGUCACCAACAUACCCAGAUCCCGAAACCAUCACGUCUGCAACGCUGACAGACCACAUGUUCACGGCCGGCAUGCCGCCUCUAGAUCUGAUGAUACGGACGUCGGGCGUGGAGCGCUUGAGCGAUUUCAUGCUUUGGCAAUCUCAUCAGAACACCGAGAUCCAUUUCCUGGAUUGUCUGUGGCCGGAGUUUGACCUUUGGCAGUUUUUGCCCGUGCUUGUCGAGUGGCAGUGGAGGAGGAGGAAGCUUGCGGAGAGCGACCGGGGGAGGAAACGAGUCAAGUUGCUUUAG